UUUAGUCAAAAAUAAACAUAAUUUCACAAAUUUGACUUUCGUCAAGUAAGUACAACCUAAGUAGAUCCAUAUGACUAUCACACACAUUUACAUAUGCACCGUCAAGCUGAAGUAAAUCUACAAUUUAAACAAUACGGCGCUGGAACCGUUUGCAGUUUUCGAAAUUAGACAUAGUAUGGUGUUCAUCAUAAAGGCCGUGAGGAACUACAAUAUCAUUUCCGGCUGUCGGCUGCUUAGAUUCGGCAGUAUCGAAUGACUUCAUCAAUAGCUGUAGUCGUAUAGAAUAUUCACGUUACUAUGUACAGUGGAGAUCGAUACCGGUACAUGUCAUAGUGUGUUCAGCAGAAACAACCCAAAACAAGCUUGAUAGUUAAUGUCAAAGGAGAUCACUUAUAACGAGCCGCUAUGGAGGACAUCGUAGCUCACAUAUCACAGACGGCCAUUACUACCGUUUCCAAAGUGUCUAGUGCCAUUAAGAAUGUAUCAUCGCAUGCAACACUCGUCGAAACAAAGAAACAAAAGACGGAAGAACAGCCCGAGGAAAAUAUUGUCCCGGACGACAGCGAGAAAAUAACUGAAGAAAGAGAUGGCGGUCAAGACCAAGAAAAGCUCGCAGACGAAGGGAAGACAAAGGUCAGUCCCAAGGUUUCUGAAGGAAAUCUAUCCUCGAGUGUCGACGCCAAAGUGGCGGCAGACGAGGACGAUGGCGGACCUUGUGGAUGGGGACCUUACCAGCUAGAAUUUUGUCAGAAGUUUCGAACCGCGGGUUGGUUCCUGGUUGUUCUGACGUUGUGCGGAGUCUGCCAGGGCAUGGCUGUCAAUGGGUUUGUAAACACAGUCAUUUCGACUGUGGAGAAACGGUAUGAAUUGACCAGCUCUGAAUCCGGGCUGAUUGCCAGUUGUUACGACAUAGUAUUUGUGCUGCUAGUAAUCCCAGUUUCUUACUAUGGAGGGCAAGGCCAUAAGCCCAGAUAUUUAGGUAUUGGUAUUUUUAUUCUAGGAAUCGGCUCAUUUGUAUUUUCCUUGCCCCACUUUAUUUCUGGGUCCUAUGUGAUUGUCGAGCAUGCAGAAGACACUGUGUGCAAGCCCUUGGCCAACGUCUCAGAUAUUUGUUCCACCAUCACAGAGUCAACUUUGUCGAAUUACAAGUAUUUCUUCUUUCUUGGGCAAGGUCUUCAUGGAUUAGGGGCCAUACCUAUGUACACAUUGGGUGUGACUUAUAUUGAUGAGAAUGUCUCGCAGAGAGAAUCUUCAUUUUAUAACGGUAUUUUCUACACUGGUGCUAUUAUUGGACCAGCUGUUGGCUACAUGGUCGGUGCAGAGUUUCUAAAUUAUUUUUCAGAGAUUACAGUUGACCCUACAAUACAUGGAUUAGACAAUAACAAUCCCAAAUGGGUUGGAGCCUGGUGGAUCGGCUUUUUGAUUAGUGGUGUCUUUGGUGUGCUCCUAGCUUUUCCAUUUCUUGCCUUUCCAGCAGCGUUACCAGGUUCCAAAAAGUAUGCUCUGGAAAGGGGUCAGGAAAUGCAGGUGAUGAAGGGUAAGGAUGUGACUGGGCAAAGCUUAGGUUUAAGAGAUUGUCUGCUGUCCAUAAAACUUUUGCUCACAAAUGUUCCAUUCAUGUUCAUCAAUCUGGCAGCUGCUGCUGAUGGAAUUUUAUUAUCUGGCUUCUCCACUUUUAUGCCUAAGUUUAUAGAAUACCAGUUUGGUUUGCCAGCAGGGACAGCUGCUUUGUAUGUAGGGAUAGCUGUGAUUCCUGCAGGAGGUGGGGCUACUUUUGCUGGUGGUUUUAUUGUUCAUUUAUAUAAUCUCAAAGUAAGGGAGAUACUUCAGUUGUGCACCGUAAUGUCCUUUCUUCUGUUCUUGCUUACAUUCGCUCUGGUUAUAGAGUGCGACACUGGACCAUUUGCUGGCGUGACACUUUCCUAUGGACAGACGGAUGUCACAAAUACCACAUUCAUGGGUAAGGUGUUGGAUAGCUCUUGCAAUCAAGGAUGUGGCUGUCAUGAAGAAGAAUACUUUCCUAUGUGUGGACGAGACAAUGUCCUGUAUUUCUCCCCCUGCUAUGCAGGAUGCACUGGCUUGAGAGAGUUCAAGGAUUCCAAGGACAAGGAAACGUCUAAACAAGAUUUAAAGGAGUCAAUGGAGACCUACUACAACUGUCGAUGUGUGAACUACAACCUGACAGAUGACGACAUUGUACAAGGCAUGACUUACAUGGGAGUGUUUGGAAAAUGUGAAUACUCGUGCAAGUGGUUGACAACUUUUUUGUUUCUUUUCACCUUUAUGAUUGUCUUUGUCUUCAUCACAUCCAUGCCAUCACUCACUGCCACGCUGCGCUGUGUUCCAGACCAUCAAAGAUCUUUUGGCUUAGGAAUACAGUGGAUAGUGGCCAGGUGUUUAGGUUCAAUUCCUGGUCCAAUAUUGUUUGGUAAAAUGUUUGACCUGGCUUGUCUUGUGUGGCAGAAAAGAUGUGAUGGAGAGGGCUCCUGUUUCUUUUAUGACAAUCACAAUAUGAGCGUGAACCUACUCAGUGUAGCAAUCUUCUUUUCUUUGAAAGCAUCACUGUCAUUUUUUGUUGCACUAUUUUACUAUCGGGCUCAUGAUGAAGAGAUAGUUUCAGUCUAUGAGAGCGUCUCAGAAGUAGAUCCAAAAGGGAAGACAUGGUUACUGGAUAGAUCAGCAGUUCCCAAAGAAGAACAGGACAAAGCUGUUCAUGAAAGCUCAUCAAAAGCUGAAAAAGUUUCAUCUCUUCAUAAGUUAGUAUCGAAAACAUCAUCUUUGUUUAGUAGGAGCAAGCAGGCUAUAUCUAAAGAAGACGUGCGGUCACAGGUUGGUAAGGAUGAUCCUGAAGAUGGCUUACUUCAUCAUUCAAAUCCUGGUAGUGAUGACAGAUAACACUGUAGGAUUUCUGUUAUAAGCAUGUGAUGUAAUACUUUUGCUGCUGUGGUAUUCAGCUUGUAAAAAUAAUGUUUAAGUCUUAGCUAGUUGCUACUUGUUAGCUUCUCUACCUUGCAGUUAUUUAAAUUAUAUUAUGAACUUAAGUUUUGGAAAAGUUUUUUUAAACAGAAUAUGACUUCUUAGAGACAGACUAAUGUUUAAUAUUUUUUUAUCACCCACAUACAAAGGGGAAACAAUGAUUUAGUUGCAUUCAAAUACUAAUUACUAUAUAAUACUGUCAAAUCUCAGAUCACACUAAAAAGGAUUCACUGUUUUCACAACCAAAAACAAUCUAUAUGUAUGCCUGAUUUUGCCUAAAACCUUCUAAAUUAGUGGAAAUGACAUAGACGGCGACCAAAAUUAAAGAAACUUUCAAAAAAUGACAAUUACUCUAUUUUAAUAUUUUUGCCAUGGAAACAUUGUCAUAUAAUGUUUUCACUAUCAGAAUCUGCUGCUAUAAAUGUAAAUGAAGUCUAGACAUAAUCUCUUUUUUAAAUCAUUAGCUCCAAAUGCACUCUUGUGCAUAAGUUAUUAAACUUGAAUACUGUUUCCUUCUGUCUUGAGCUAUUCCUUUGCAUGUUAGAAAGUUCUUUCUUCAUUAACUCUGUCUCUCCUGAUUAAUGAUACCAUCAUUGAUUUGACCCCAUUAAAUUAACUUAAUUUUUGAGUUUUUAAACUUUAAUUUGUAUUAUAUAAAAAGGGCAUACAUUUAUCUAUACCAAAUUAUAAAAUUUUCUGAUUAAAAGAAAACCAUUAUUGAAGUUUAAUCGUAACAGGUAAGUGAUCAACAAAUGGGAAAAUGAAUUAUUCCUUUUAAACGUGGAAAAUAAUUACAGAGAAAUAGAGUUACAUCUUCUCCAUGUAGAUCACCCAUUUCUCCAAUCAGGCAUUGUGUUGUAUCAUUCUGUAAUUCUCAAGUAAAUAGCUUUAAUGCAUGUCAGAAUAUUGGAUAAAAAAUGUAGACAUCCUUUUGUCAUUCAUCUUCACUCAUCUCAUUGCUACUUUAUACUGACUUUGUUUCACCAAGCAUCCUAAGUUUUUACUUGUAGUUACUGUAGCAUGCAAUAUGUUAUAAGUAACAUUUGCUAGCAUUAAACUUACUCUUCUCCAUUAUCCUUACUUAGGACGGGGAAAGUACAACUCAGAGAGACUAGGUCACUAUGAGGAAUUUCAAAAACAUUUUAAAAUUGUUAAUUUUUUCAGAAAAUUCUUUCUUUAACUAGCUAUAUUUCUAUUAAAAUGUAUAAUCUCUUGGCCAUAUUAUUAUUGCUUUAGACAUUCUUGUCAGGGGCUUAGUCAAAAGUAUUAAUAUAAUGACAAAUCAUCUUAAUUCUAAAGCAAUGUGCAAAUUGUAAAACAAAUUUCCUUACAGACAAUAAAGAUUUUUUUUAAUUUUUUUUUUCUGUAAAAUCAUCUUUAUUUUCAAUAAAUACAACAAAUUUUAACUCCAAUUUCCAUAAAUCAAGCCCCACUUUAAAAAAAAGGAAAAUUUAAAAAAAAAUACAAACUAGAUUCAAUUUUUAAAAAACCUUAUUUCUACCUUUGCUAAAUAAGACUCCACUUUUAUUAAACAAGACUCCACUUUCAAUAAAUUAAACUCCACUUUAAAAAAGUGGACAACGAAUUUUGAAAUUACUGAUAUUUGAUGAAUUUUUGUGUAUAUGUAAUAUUUAUCAUAAUAAUCAUAUUAUUAAUGAUAUGAUCAUUGUGCAGGCUACAAAACACUAUUGUGGUCAGUUGGCACUUGAAAGGGGUAAAAACUAUUUCCCCUCAAAGUUCUAAUCCUAGAACUUGACUUAUAUUACUUGUCAUUGUGUAGUUAUUUGUGCAAUUCAGUGUGAUUGAGGCAUAAAGCCUGAGUGUGUUUCAUUUCUGAUUUUUACAGUUCAGUUAAACUUGAGUUGCUCAUUCCUAUGUUUGUGUUUUUCAAUUGUGCUGUUUAAAACUUCAUUGUGAUUGAAGCUUACUAUCUAAUAGUGUGAUUUUACUUUGAAUUGAUACUAUAAAGAUUUUGCCCCUAAAGGCUAAAACAUAUUAUUGUGGUGUGAGGCUUUAAAGGGAUGAUAAAUAAUGAUGUACAGAGAAGAAUGAUAUUUCUUGAUUGUUAUUAUUUACUGACUAUAUGCUUAUUCUUUUUUUUUUAUAAUAAUGCAUGUUUAGUACAAAAUAUGUUUAUUUGUAAAUUAAAAGUAUGUAAAGUUCCCCUUUCAGACCUUGUGGUCUAUAGGGCAGAUGAUGUUUACUAGACAAUUAUUAUAAAAUUAUUAAGCUUUGGGAAUUAACAAAAAGAAUGUGUCAGCCAAACCAGAAUAAUUAAAACUCUUAAAUACUUAUAUAUGUUCAUUUGUUUUAAAUAUGAUAAUGAUCUGUAGGCUUAAAUAAUUAAAUAAUGUAUGAUACUCAAAUGCUUAAACACAGAGUGGUCACUAA